ACCUGGAUUCUACAGAGCAUGUUCCUGCUCCCGUUCUGAUAGUCUUGAGCUUCAGCGGCCAGACCUUCCUUCACGCCGUUAACCUGCAAUCGCUCCUGCACCCGCCUCCCGCCUCUGCUCCUUGGCGCCAUUAUACUCCGCCCGUCCCACUCGCCACCACUGCGCAGAACGUAACAUGGCUUCUGCCGUCCGUCCGCUCUGAAUGGCUGGCCGGCAUCGGAGGCAUGGCCGGCAUAGGCGACGUGAGUUAUCAGGGCGUGGUGGCUGCUCAACUGCCACCACCGUGUGACGCGUCCUCGCCGCAGCAGCACAACGCGGAACUCCGCCCAUCCUUCCCGCACUUGGCGCUGCCCGCUCAUGCGCUCCCUCGCUGGAUCCCUCACAUCCCCGCGGCUGGGAGCGACCCCGCCGCCUUGCGAGCAAUCGCAAACUGCCGCGUGGCAUGCGAUGGCAGCGCGCCAUGGGGCUAUGGGUCUCAGGCUACACAAGCGGCUAGGGCGGAAGGCACAACAGGGAGGGCGGAGAGGGAGGGGCUGGCGGAAGGCAGGGCGGGGAAGAACAGGGAUCGGCGGGAGAAUAAGCGGCAGAGGGGCGAGAACGAGGGAGGCAGGGAUCGCUGGGGAAGGGUGACCAGUGGUGGGAGGGGUGGGGCGGCAGACAGGGAGGGACGGGGAAAGGGACAAGGGAGAAGCAGUUACGCGGCUGGAGGCAGAGAGCGGGAGGGGGGGAAGGGCAGGGCGGGGAGAGGUGGGAAAGGGCGUGGAAUGCAGGGCGGGGCAACGAGCAAGGCAGUGGCGCCGCUGGCCUUCCCUGCCACGUGCCCGCUGUGCCCCGACGUGGUGCUGACGUCACUGUCCACCCUCCACUCGCAUAUCACAGGUCGCAAGCACCAGGCCGCUGUUGCUGGCUGCGUGCUCGGGCGUGGGGGCCACAAGGGGGGUCGGCCAUGGUCGGAUGAGUGGCAGCAGGAGGAGAAACCGUUGGUGGGGUUGUGGGAUGAUGGCGGUGUGAAGGAGCAGGUGAAAGUGGAGGUGGUGGAGAUAGAUGAGGCAGAGGAGAAAGAGGAGGAGGAGAGUGUUGUGGUUGCAGGACGGAGGAAGAGAAAGAGGGCAGUGGGGUGUGUGAGUGUGGGGCCACCGUUUGUGGGGGGGUGGUGUGAGGUGUGUGGGGCGACGUGCCUGAAUGAGAGCAACUUCAAGUUCCACCUCAAAGGCAAGCGCCACCACGCUGCCCUCGCUGCCAACUUCUCAUGGUGCUGACGUUGGUGCUUCCAUUGUUGUGCUGAUGCUAGUUGCUAGUGUUGCUGUUAGUUGUGUUGCCAUGCCACAUCCCACAUUGCAGCUUGUUGGAAAUACCUCGAAGACUUGAGCGUUUCUGAAGUGUACGGUAACACUACACUUGAGGAAAGUCGUAUCGAGUACGCGAGUCAACGGAGGUUACACAAGGAUGUUGGACGAAAGAACACGAAAGGACGAAGGGACUCGAAGGGUCGCAACCGGAGGUUGCGACUGACAGUUACGACUGCAAGGGUGGUAACCGAACCGACAAUCGAGACGCUGUGCGACUCGAUAACCGUUCCUUCAACUGUAUUCUACAACUGCUUCAUCUCUUAUUUUCUAUAUAUUGCUGUAUGCUUGUUUC